AUGUCGUCCAAUGCUCAACCGUCCAAGUCGAGAUGGGGCGUGUCGGCCUUGUUGCAGCAAGUCGAGUCCAAGCUAGAUGUCAUCCUGGCGAAUGAUGAAGACCUUCCACCGAAAAAGACUCCGCCAAAUGGAAGUCAAGCAGAUUCCCAGAGUGCAGCUUCGGCUGCAAAGUCAGCUGCUGGCGUCUCACGAAGCUCCUCGAAUGCGCGGAAAAAUGACCGUCUACAAGAGCGUCUCGCCCGUGCUGUGGCGAAAUCUCACACAACGGGAACGGCCAACAGUUCUCACUCCUCCGCUGGUGCUCCUUCUCGAAGUUCUACGCCGAUUCCUAGCAAUGAGGCGCGCACAAGUCUGGACAGUGCUAGAGGAAGCCUGGAAGAGAAUGCGUCUGGCCCUACAAAGCUGGCAAAGGUUGCAUCCAUUCCCUCAUCAGCUCCCAGGAGUAGUUACGAUUCGGGUACGCGCUCUCGAGGCUCAAAGGAGUUACCGCCGAGCGAGAGAGAUCUCAAUGACCGGAAAGAAGAUACUCUAGAUCAAGAAGAGGAAACAGCCCGAACAGAAGUACCGGAAGCUAAAGAGACACACGAUUCAACUUCAGUGAAAGACACUAUCGUAACAGAUUCAUUGGAGGCACCCUCCUCAGAUGACCAUCAGAUAGCAUUGGCGCAAUUGCAGGCCGAAUAUAGAGCUGCAGAGCUGCGGUGGCAAGAGGAGAUGCAUGAAUAUAUCGAGAAAAUCGAUGCCUUGCAGUCUAAGUUGAAAUACUUGGCGAAAGAGGCGGCAGAAUCCGCAAAGGAGGCAGCGGCAUCUGCGGCACCUGGCAGCGUUGAGAAACAGCUGCUCGAAAAAGAUGAGCGUAUUGCAUUAUUACUUGAGGAAGGGCAAAGGCUUUCGAAGACGGAACUGGAUAAUCGGACUGUAAUCAAGAAGCUCCGGCAGCAGAUCGCGGAGAAUAGUAAAUCGCAAUCUGACGCAAAGCGGAAGAUGGAAAAGUUGGAGAAAGACCUAAGCAAUGCAGAGGCCAGGGCAAAGCGUGCAGAGGCGGCUGAAAAGAGGGCCCAAGAAGCCCUCAAUUCUCAGUCAAAGGCUCUCAAAGACUUGGAAGCUGUCACCUCCGAACGCGACGCAUUGAGCUCGACGGUUGAAGAGUUGAAGGCCCAGCUGGAAAGAGCUAUGGCCCGGGCGGAAGCUGCCGAAUCGAAGGCCCAGUCCGAUGCUUUGGAGCAAUCGAAGCGUCGAAUAGCAGAAUUGGAGGAUGAUCUAUCUAGCGCCAAAGUCGAGCGCGAGCUGAGCGAGGAAAAGCUGAGAAGGGAGAUCAGAGAUCUCAGGGAUAGUUUGGAGCGGGAGAAGGAAGGGGCGCGAAUAUUGGAAGCCGAGCUCAAGGGAGAGCAGUCCGUGCUGGAGAGCAAGAUGGAGACUCUGCGCUCACGAGCGGAAGAGGCCUCAUCGGGUGCUGCCGGGGACGCUCAGGCGAAAUUACUGCGACAGAUCGAAACUCUACAAACGCAGUAUGCUGUUGCCAGUGAGAACUGGCAAGGGAUUGAGACCUCACUUCUCUCUCGACUGGCUAGCGUGGAAAAGGCGCGAGAUGAGAUUGCACGAAAGGAGGCUGAUCUACGACGCAAGGCGCGGGAAAUGAACAUCAAGGCCAAGAAAACGGAGGAGGAGCUCGAAAACUCCAAAGAGACUAUUGAAGAACUGGAGCGCAGCCUUCAGGAAACCAGGCAGGAGUUGCAGAGGAUGCAGCAGAGGGCGGAGAAAGCGGAAGAGGAUCUCAUCGCUGCAAGGAAUGAUUUCAUGGAGCAGCAAAAGACUACAGAGACAAUGUGGACGCAGAAACUCGAAGAGGAGAGGGCCAAAUGGCGGGAGCAGGCUCCUUCACCAUCAAGUUUCCUUCAGCAACCACGAACAGAAUCGCCCGUUGCUUCGAGUCGCAGGUCCACUGGUCUCGAACCUGUGCCUGAUAGCCGGCCAUUAAGCCGUCGCUCCUCCACGUUACCUACUCAGGCCGCGGACAUCAUGACUCCCCCGCGGCAAAACUCUCUACCUUCGUUCAACCCGAUGAGCGCCCCUAAUGGGCUCCCUAACCAGACAUUGUUAGGUGCGCCUUCAAUCCAUACCCUUGAGCCUGAGGAGUAUUUCCCCACUCCUGCGACGCCGUCUGCCCACGGUGCCCAGGCGACUCAUUCUCGUGGAAUCAAUGACAUAAUCUCUGUAUCAACUGCGGGGGCUGGUCCCUCCGUGCAGCUAGUUGAGCGUAUGAGUGCUACUGUCCGGCGUCUUGAGAGUGAGCGGGCAGCCACCAAGGAUGAGCUAGCUCGUAUAACCGCCCAACGUGACGAAGCCAGACAGGAGGUUGUUGAAUUAAUGCGAGAGGUAGAGGAAAAGCGGAAAUCAGAUACUCGGGUUCGAGAGUUGGAAGCACAAGUCGAGGAGUUGGAUCGACGCUAUCAGACAACCCUCGAGCUUCUCGGAGAGAAGAGUGAGCAGGUUGAGGAACUCCAGGCCGAUAUUGCUGACCUCAAGAAGAUAUACCGCGAACUGGUCGAUAGUACCAUGAAAUGA